GUAUGGCCUAUUGUUUUAGCCUGACCUCAACAACGGAAUAAAAAUGCUGCGAUCAACUGUCACUACUGUCAGUGUCACUGUCACUGUCACUUGAUUGUAAGAUGAUUGUGAUUUAUACAGAGAAAUUUAAGAAAAGGAUGUUUACGAUUUGUUCUACUUAUUUAAUAUUUAGCCAAUUGUAAUAAAUUGGUCUAGUUCACAGUGAAAAAACAUUUUAAACUUUCACGUUACACGAUACAUUUUUGUUUACAUUUUAUACUGUGUAACACGCUUAUUAACAAAUGUUUGUUUUGAUAUCUUCGUACAGUUCUAUUCGUUAAAUAUGGAAGGAGGAGAGUGGAGGAAUAGCAUAAUUAACCAACUACAGGCCCGAAACAAGUAUCAAAGUGCAGCCUUUCAAGAUGUUAUAACAUUUCAAAGCCGUCUAUUUGACAAUGUCAACACGCUGAAGAAUGAAAACCUUCAGUUAACACUGGUUAAUGAGAGAAUAAGGUUUUCAACUUCUGAAAAUGGUUUAUCAAGUGCAGGUGGUGGCAGCAACGAGAGGGUGCAAGCUUUAGAACAGAAGAUUCUGGUACAGCAAGAAGAACUUACAAAUUUGCAUCGAAGACGCAGCGAAAAUGCCCAGCAGAUCAUAAACCUAAAUGCUAAAGUUCAUGACCUGGAAAAACAGCUGCAAACAAAGGAUAUGGUUAUUUCAGAAAACACUGCCUUGAUAGCUUCUCUUCGUGCCGAGAUUCAGCUCUAUGAAAACAACAUGACUGAAUUAGAAGGACUAAACACUGUACUAAGAGACGAGCACCAAGCCUUACAAAUCGCGUUUGCAGCUAUAGAAGAGAAAUUGAGGAAAGCACAGGACGAAAAUCGGACGCUAGUUGAAAGACUCAUCAAAUACAAAUCAAAAGAUGCCGAUAAAAUGAACGAAGAGAACGAGCAUUUUCUCAAGUCAAGCCCUACCGCGUUUUUCAUCAACCCGUUUGGUAGAGUUAGUUUCGGAAAAAAGAGCGACAGGGUACGGAGAGAGUUGGAAGAAGCGGCCAGAGAAGGCGGCAGUCGAGGCAGCAUCGGAUCGGCGGGUAGUUCGGCCGAAGAUAAAAUCUUGGAUUCGAUGCCAUAUUAUGCCACAGCUUUGCCGACCAAAGUUGCUUUACGAUUCGACGCGCAUGAAGGAGACGUGAAUGCGGUUAAGUGGAGCCCGACGGAACGAACGUUAGCAACAGGGGGAUCGGAUAGAAAAGUCAAAUUAUGGGACUUGUCGAAAAUGGGCACGGUGGAGAACAAAGGCACGCUAGUCGGCUCGAACGCCGGCGUCAUGUCCGUCGACUUCGACUCCACCGGGGCGUACCUCGUGGGCGCUUCCAACGACUUCGCGAGCCGCGUGUGGACCGUCGCCGACCAGAGGCUGAGGCAUACGCUAACGGGUCACAGCGCCAAAGUGAUGGCUGCAAAGUUCCUGGGGGAGCCCACCAAAGUGAUCACCGGCAGCCACGAUCGGACACUCAAGAUAUGGGACCUAAGGAGUAAAAUGUGUACAGAAACUAAGUUCGCGGGAUCGUCGUGCAACGACCUGGUCACCUCAGACAGCGCCGGCUCCACGAUCAUUUCCGGCCACUUCGACAAGACGAUACGGUUCUGGGACAUACGCACCGAGAUGUCUGCCAACCAUAUAGUACUCCAAGGGAAAAUCACCUCACUAGACCUGAGUAGAGACAGCAAUUAUUUGCUGGCGUGCGUACGCGACGAUACAAUACAGCUGAUCGACUUGCGACAGAACACCAUCGUCCGGACUUUCAGUCACGAGGCGUUCAAGGUGGGGUGCGACUGGUCGCGGGCGGCGUUUGGGCCGGCGGGGCGGCUGCUGGCAGUGGGCGCGGCUGACGGCGCCGCCUACGUGUGGAACACUCAUUCGGGCAAGCUGGAAGCCACUCUAAAAGAUCACUCGGCGGCGGUGACAGCUGUAUCGUGGCAUCCCCAGUCGGGACUGCUGGCAUCCGUGGACCGCGGCAAGCGCGCUGUCAUCUGGGGAGACUUGUGAUACGCCCUGGACUGUCCCACGCCUCCGCUUCCCGCUCAAAUGUUGGACAACCGCUACCUACGAAGGUGGUCAUCAUACCGCCGAAUAUCUCGACACGACAUUGGCGCCGUUACCGUUACUCGAUUUCUACGCAAAGGAAGAUUUUAUAGUAGGUAUUACCGUUCUAGGAAUAAUUAUGUUUUUGUGUGAUGGUAAGGCCGGUAGUGACAGUGCACGCAACGCCACCCGGUCGGCCGACUAAUAGCUGCUAUUAGGAAAUCUCUGUCUGAAAUCGACAACAAUGAGCACGGAAUACACUCAUUGCCCGCUCCCAUUCAUUAUACUUUUUACGAUACUCGUCUCUUGUUUUAAAUGUGUGCCAUUUUUUACAAUUUACAUUUCUUUUAUAAUACUCGUAAAUACGCUGCGUGCAGAUGUACACAAUUAUUAUAAUUGAAUUAUCUUUGCAUCUUGCGUCUAUAUAUAAUUGACGGUUAUUAUUGUUAAUAGACACAUUUUUUUAACUGGCUUAGCUAACAGAAAGUAUCUUUUUGCUGCCUAGUUCUUCCAGUGAUACAAACGGUCGGUUUAUGAGCGACAACUGCAUUAAUUAACACUUUUGCUUUCAAUCGACGAUAACUGCGUGGACCGCUAUUCGACUCAGAAAUAUCAAUAAAAUUUUAGUGUGCUGUAUAUUUGAUCGGCUGGAUUUAACAUAAUUUGUAGUAAUCCCCAUCAUGCGUACAAAACUUGUGUUAACAUUGAAUAUCGGUAUCUGAUGCGGCCCGCGGGCGUACCGAUAAUCGCCUAACAAGGUGUAUAAAUACUGGAUUCCAAAUCAAUUUGAAAUACAACCGCUAUAUACAAAUAAUGGAUGCUAUUUAUUCGUGAAAAUAACGGUUUAUUAACCUAUCAACCGUGGUCUAAGGUUGUACUAGCUUCUUAAAACCAGAUAUUAACACAAUAUUAUAUACAAGUAUUCAUUCAAAGAACAUAAUUGGGACCUUCGUGGGUGGUUAACCCGGACCCGUAUGUAAAGAGACAAGAUAAAAAUAUUAUGUAUGAUAUAAAAAUAAAUCUAGAAAAUUAAAAUACAACUAAGGAACUAAUCAGACUAUUUUAUUAAAUAUUAUUUGUGUUUUAAGUAUUCACACUACUAUACAGUAGGUACCUAUAAAUUAUAAACUGAAAUGGACGUCAUACACUAAAAAAGUGACCAAGUCCACCGGUGGCGGGGGCCAGAAUCGAACCGGGGUCUUCAGCUUACGCGGCUAACGUCCUGACCACUGUGGCCGGUACAUAUGUAUUUUUGAAUGAAGUUGAUGUUCAAAUAUAUAUAUCUUGUACAUUUUCGUAAUCGGAACACGAUACCGAAUAGUCUUUAAACGGAUCCCACUAUUUUUGUUACACCUUGUAAGUAUAUUAGAUAUAUUAAAAAAAUCUAUAUUACCUGUUUUUAUUCAAGACCCGCACAAGGUAGUUUUUUCAAAAAUAAAUAUUUCACAUUUGUAAUACACACUUCAUUGGACUGUUAUUAAAGGACUGUUGCAUUCCUAUGCUCACACAUUCAUCAUAAUGCUACUGCGUUAACACAAGAGAUGUGGUUAUACAUAAACAUAAUCCAUACGUGCAGAAUAAUGCCUAGCUUUAGCAAUAAAGUAGACGCCCGUUGAAUACCUGAGGCUUUUAGUGUCUUCCGUGCAAGUACGUAUGUCAAGUACCAACGCUGAAUUACCCUGUUGUUUAUACUGCACUUGGCGCAUUCAUUUACUCUGAAGAAUUAAUGGUCGGAUAAUGAAGCCCAUUGUGUAUCUACUACUCGCUCCGAUGACCUACCUUUUUGACGUUAAUGUUCAGAAUAGGUACUUAACUUUGGGGCGCUAAGGUAAAUGUACGCAUAGCCUAUCUGCAUGAUAAUUAAAAACAGCGCCUACAAACACAAAUCUUUAAUCGCCUAUGUUCUUUUAUGUGCAAUAAAGUUUAAAAUAAUAAUAAUAAAUCCGCAGGGCAGCUUGUGGCGAGCUGUUGGGGAGUAACAACCCCACGGACCCGAGUACUCCCGAGAGUCGGUGAGGGUCUCCGUGUCCGGCGUGUCUUCGUCGGUCGGAGUAGACCCCAAGGGGACCCGCAGGACUCUCAGCUCUGGCUUGCCUUCAUUGGCCGUGCAGAGAGGAGUCGUUAGUGCUAAAUGCGCCAGGGGUGGAAGAGAGAAAUUGCAUAAGACGCGAGACGCGAGUGGCUGUUAUCAGCCACUGGGUAGAAAGCGGCGUAUACCUCUCGACACCCCUGAGCCGCUCACACCGAUGUUACUCCUGGUCGUCUUCACGACGGCAGUUUUAGGGGCCCAUCAAGUGGGCGGCGAGUCACUGCCUCUCGAUAACUAGUGAAAACAUUGUUAUGGCAGGUGUCCGGGCGUCUUUGCAAUAACCCAAUCUCAUUGUCCACCCAAACUUCAAUCCAUAGACCGUUAUAAUAUUCACUUUUUCUACAAUAGUCCCAAUGCCUGCUGCGACUGAUUCAUGGGUCUAUUGUUGCGUCUGUGAACGGGUUCCAGCAGGCGUUCUACAUGACAUUAAAGCUCUCCAAGGAGGCCUCUACGUGUUGGAUCUAUAUCCCCACACAAGCCUAUCAAAAGACCGGGAUAUAUAGGCCCGUGAAAUCCAAGGAGAUACAAAAAUAAAUCUAUCACUGACAGCGGAGAGUAUAAUACUCGCUCGUACAAAGACCACUUUGGACUGGUAAACGAGUUUUUAUCCACAUUUUUCUAAGCUUUUAUGUUUCUCAUGUUUCUAACUCACGCACAGAUACAAACCUUUCUAUUGUUUACGCUCGGUUGACCAUAGCUAAGAUUUUGUUCCUUAAAUGUGUCGUUAGUAACCUUUUCAGGAUACUAUUACACUACAGUCAUUUAACUAACACAAAACAUUACUUUUUUAGUAGCUUGCAGGUAUUUGUUUAUUAUUCAAUAAAUGUCGCUGCGUACAGCUACAUGAUUAUUAGAUACUCGUAGCAUUAUAAUGAUCAUUUUUUAGAAGUCGUGAAAGUCUGCGGGUCUGAAUGUCCAUUACAUUUUUGCGUGACUAAGUAACAACCAUUUUGUACGUGUAAUGUAAUGUAAAUAAUUGCAGACUUUCGGGAUUUUAACCUUUAACCUUAUGAGUAAAUUAGAAAAAUUACUGGAAAUUGUUGCUUGUAAGUAAGUAGGUAAAGACGGUUACAAGUAAUCGAUGUUUUCAUAAUUUUAACAAAUCAUUCUUUCUAUAAUAGUUUCACAUAUACUGUGUAUGUACAAGAGAAACUUGCAUCAACGCCUGUAUUCUAUCACCAUUUAAACUUAAAUUUUAACAAGAUAUUUUGCUGUUGUUGAUGCAUGCUACGUCGACCCUUUUUAUGCAGGGAAAUCGACUAUACGACCAUGACUCUUUAUACAGUCAAACAGAUUUGUAGUUCCAUUACCCUUUCGAGAAUGCUUGUACU